AUGGCCUGGGGCCGCAGCCAGAACCUCUCCACAUUCAUCCUACUGGGCUUCCCGGGGCCACAGGGCCUGCAGACCUGGCUCUUCCUCCUCUUCCUGGUCGCGUACGUGCUCACAGUGGCCGGGAACCUGGCCAUCAUCUCCCUGGUCGGGGCGCACCGGCGCCUGCAGACGCCCAUGUACUUCUUCCUCUGCAACCUCUCCUUCCUGGAGAUCUGGUUCACCACGGCCUGUGUGCCUAAGGCCCUGGCCACGUUCGCCUCGCACAGUGGAGCCAUCUCCUUGGCCGGCUGCGCGGCGCAGAUGUACUUCGUCUUCUCGCUGGGCUGCACCGAGUACUUCCUGCUGGCCGCGAUGGCUUACGACCGCUACCUGGCCAUCUGCCUGCCGCUGCGCUACAGCAGCACCAUGACGCCUGGGCUCUCCGCCCGCCUCGCUCUGGGCUCCUGGCUGUGCGGCUUCUCCGCCAUCACCGUGCCCGCUGCCCUCGUCGCUCGCCUCUCCUUCUGCCGCUCCCACGUCAUCAACCACUUCUUCUGUGACAUCGCGCCCUGGAUCGUGCUGUCCUGCAGCGACACGCGGGGUGUGGAGCUGGCGGCCUUCGGCAUUGCCUUCUGUGUCAUCCUGGGCUCCUGCUUUGUCACGCUGCUCUCCUACGCCUACAUCGCUGCCACCAUCAUCAGGAUCCCCUCGGCCCGGGGCCGGCACAGAGCCUUCUCCACCUGCUCCUCCCAUCUCACCGUGGUCCUCAUCUGGUACGGCUCCACCAUCUUCCUGCACGUGAGGACCUCGGUGGAGAGCUCGCUGGACCUGACCAAGGCCGUCACGGUGCUGAACACCGUUGUCACUCCCGUGCUGAACCCCUUCAUAUACACCCUGAGGAACAAGGACGUCAGGGAGGCUCUGCGGAGGUCGGUGCGGCGGAAGUGAACCCUCCGAGCCCACACAGUGGGACCGGGCCAUCGGACUGCCCCGUCCGU